CAGGAGCGCCCCAGCGUCCCCCGGUGUCCGACGCGGGCUGGCCGUUCCCGACGCGGGGGCUCCGUGGUCGCGGAGGCACGACACAGGCGUGGGACGGGGCUCGAGCGCUCGACCGCCCGUCGGUCAUGGAGCUCGCCGGCAGCGGCUCCAGCUUCCAGUCGGACCUGGACUUCUGUCCGGAUUGCGGCUCGGUCCUGCCCCUGCCAGGGACUCAGGAUACAGUCACCUGCCCUCGCUGUGGCUUCUCCGUCAACGUGCGAGACCUGGAGGGGAAGGUCGUGCAGACCUCAGUCGUGUUCCACAAGCUGGGGACGGCCGUGCCUGCGUCGUCGGCGGAAGGACCUGAGUUCCAGGGGCCCGUGGUGGACCGGCGCUGCGCGCGCUGCGGGCACGAGGGCAUGGCGUUCCGCACCCGGCAGAUGCGCUCGGCCGACGAGGGGCAGACGGUCUUCUACACCUGCACCAACUGCAAGUUCCAGGAGAAGGAAGACUCUUGACUUUUUUUUUUCCUGGGCAACUCAACAAUCCCUCCCUGCCCUCCUCCUUGGAGGUGAAGGAUAUUGAUACUGGGUUCCUAGGUCCUUCUCCGCCCCCUGGCUGCAGUAUUUGCUCCCAGAGGAGAGGCGGGUCAUGUGGGGAUUACUGUUGUCUCCAUCGUGCUCCUAUUCCUAUUAAAGCUAUAUUUUUCCUAUUAAAGUUCCUAUUGAGUUUUCCUAUUAAACUAUAUUUUUCAGUACGUC